AUGGAACCAGGUAAUAAUACACAAUUUUCUGAAUUUUUCCUUCCAGGACUCUCAGAGGAUCCAGGAUUCUCAGAGGAUCCAGAAUUGCAGCCCCUCAUCUUUGGGCUUUUCCUCUCCAUGUACUUGAUCACUCCCCUCAUCUUUGGGCUUUUCCUCUCUAUGUACCUGGCCACUGUGUUUGGAAACCUGCUCAUCAUCCUGGCCGUCAGCACAGACUGCCACCUCCACACCCCCAUGUAUUUCUUUCUCUCCAACCUGUCCUUUGUAGACAUCUGUUUCAUUUCCACCACCAUCCCAAAGAUGCUGUGGAACAUCCAGACACAGAGUAAAGUUAUCACGUAUGAAGGCUGCAUCACCCAGAUGUAUUUUUACAUUCUCUUUGCAGGAUUAGAUGACAUUCUCCUGACUGUGAUGGCCUAUGACCGGUAUGUGGCCAUCUGCCACCCCCUGCACUACAUGGUCAUCAUGAGUUCCCAGCUUUGUGGGCUGCUGGUUCUAAUAUCUUGGUUAAUAAGCACCCUGUAUUCCUUGCUACACAGUUUAAUGGUGUUGCGAUUGUCCUUCUGCCCAACUGUGCAAAUCCCCCAAUUUUUCUGUGAACUCAAUCAGGUGAUAGAACUUGCCAGUUCUGACAACUUUCUCAAUAACAUAGUGAUGUAUUUUGCAGCUCUCCUGAUGGGUAUUGGUCCUUUUUCCAGUAUCCUUUACUCCUACUCUAAAAUAGUUUCCUGCAUAUGUAAGAUUUCAUCAGCUCAAGGGAAAUAUAAAGCAUUUUCUACCUGUGUAUCCCACCUCUUGGUUGUCUCCUUAUUUUAUUUUACAGCCUUAGGAGUGUACCUUAGUUCUGCUGUUACCCACAGCUCACACACAAGUACAAUUGUCUCUGUGAUGUACGCUGUGGUCACACCCAUGCUGAAUCCCUUCAUCUACAGUCUGAGGAACAAAGAUUUAAAGGAGGCUCUGAAGAGUUUAUAUUUGACUCCAAGUAUAAAAGACCGAUUAUACUAG